GCAAAAUAUCAGCCUUUUUAAUUUUAAUUAUUAAUAAAUUUUGUUUAAAUUUACUAAUGACGAGGUGACAAAGACUAUACAGACAAUAAAAAGUUUUCAAUAUCAAAAUAACUUAUCCAAUAAAAAUAUUUAAUUUUAUUUAAUUAAAAUUUGUGAAUUAAUUUUGAAUAAAUAAUAAAAAUUGUACAAUAAAAAUGGCUAUUAAUUUAUUGCAAAUGAAACCAAUGUUACGUGGAUCCGGCACCAUUUCGGAGAUAUCAAGUACAUCGGGCAAAGGAAGCAUUUUUGGUGAUACACAAGAUGAACUUCAUGAUUUGGUUACACUUUUGGGUUUAAAUAGUAUUGACGAUUUGUAUCAAGAACGAUUUCGCAUUGAUCGUAAGAAAUUAGAAUGCAUGAUUAUGGGUAAUGAGGAUAUGCCAGCAUUUGCUGAACAGUUUUUCCAAAAGAUUAUGGAAGAAACUAAAACACGCAUUGCUUGGCCAUGUAAAUUAAAAAUUGGUGCUAAAUCAAAAAAAGAUCCUCAUGUUCGUGUAGCUGGCCGUCCAAAUGAUGUGGCUAAUGCGAAACAAAAAAUUUUAUCGUACUUGGAAAUUAAGUCUUCUCGAGUAACGUUAAAAAUAGAUGUAAGUUACACGGAUCAUUCUCAUAUUAUUGGAAAAGGUGGUAAAAGUAUUAAACAAGUUAUGGAUGAAACACAAUGUCAUAUACAUUUUCCAGACUCGAAUCGUUCAAAUCCAAUUGAAAAAUCUAAUCAAGUAUCUAUUGCUGGCGAUAUACGUGGAGUUGAACGUGCCCGGGCUGGAGUUAGGAAUUUAACACCAUUAAUAUUUAGUUUUGAAAUGCCAAUCGUCAGUUGUCAACAAAAUGUACCGGAUGCAAAUUCACCAUUUAUUGCCCAUAUAUCACAACAAUACAAUGUACAUGUAAUGUUUCGUAGCCAACCAAAGUUACAUGCAACAUUAGUUAUGGUCAAGGGAUCUGAAUGGGAAGUGCAAAAAGUAAAAGAAGCAACAAUGCUUUUAAUUAAUUAUAUUUGUGAACCAAUUUCGAAUCAAAUUCUAGUACAAAUGUCUAUGGAAAUCUCUCCAAUUCAUCAUCCAAUUGUGCGUGGUAAAGGUAGCAUGCAUAUUAAACAAAUCAUGCAAAAGACUGGUACACAAAUAAUGUUCCCAGAAGUGACUGAUCCAAAUAUUGCACCAAUUAAAAAGAGUAAUAUUACAAUUACUGGUCGUAUAAAUAAUGUUUAUUUAGCACGCCAACAAUUAAUGGGUUCAUUACCACUAGUUUUAAUGUUUGAUUUACCAGAUAAUACAGAUUUUAGAGCUGAACGUAUAUCAAACAUAAUGGCUAAUUUAGAUGUAUUCAUACAUAUCCGUCAAAAACCAAAGCAUAGUACAUUUGGUGUUGUUAUUAAAGGAAUUGAGCGUAACGCAUCGAAUGUUUACGAAGCACGUCGGCAAUUACUCAAUUUAGAUGAAGCACGUGUCGUUGCCCAAAUCCCACCAACAUACUUUUUCCCCGAUGCUCCUGUAUCAUUUACCGCAGAUUAUAAUGCUAAUCAAAAUAACAAUAACAAUCCCUCCCAAUCAACAUCUGCAGCAUUACAAUCUACCAAUAAUUACCAUUCAUGGAACUCGUCUGCAUCGGCCACAUCACCAUUACCAAAUCUUCAACUAUCACAAUACUCGUUAUUCCCAAACAGCUUUUGUUCUCAACAACAACAGCAACAAGCGGCAGCGCAAACAAAUGCUUGUAAUUCAUUGAAUGCUAUUUUAACGAAUAAUAAUAAUAAUGCAUGUACAUCGACAGCGGUUGCAUCAAGUAGUACUUCUAGUCAAUAUUCAAUGAAUACAACAUUUAGUGCUUUGUUGAGUGCCAGUGCUAGUGGAAAUGCUUCAACUUCAACAUCGCCACAUAGUGAUGAUCGAAAAGAUGGAAUAACCUCAGAUAGUGGUUUUAAUUCAGCAAAUAGUAGCCGACGUCAAUCAACAAGUCCUAGUCAAUAUAAUAAUCAACGUAGCGGUGCUCCUGUUGCAUCAUUACCGGAUACAAGUACUGAUUUAGUUUUAUCAUCGGUAUUAUCAAAUAUAUCUCGUGAACCAUUAAUUAAACCAUCCAUACAAAAUUUGCCUUACGAUCAACGUCGUUUAGCUGCUUGGCAAGCAAUGCAAACUCCAAUUAGCGGUUAUCGUGUACCAAAUAGUUCAUGGGCUGGUUUUGGAUUUAGUGCUACAUCACCUGGAGCCAUUCGAUUUCCAAAUCAAGAAGAUGGUAGCAAUAUGGAGGAUGACGAUAUUUGGCUUCCACCCAAUUCACAACAAAAUAGCAACGAAGUACCAUCAGCUAGUGGUAUCUGUAUGGAUUCGAGUAAUUAUAUUGACCAAAUCUCAUUGCCAACGUUACAAAAGCUAACAGGUGGAAAUUGGCAAGAUUUGAGUACAUUAUUAACUAUGUUUGGACUGGAUAAAUAUAUUAAGUUAUUUGAAAAUCAUGAAAUUGAUAUAGAAACAUUCCCAACAUUAACAGAUUAUGAUUUAUUGGAUAUUGGGGUUUCAGCUUUAGGUGCACGUAGAAAAAUGCAUUUACUUAUUGCAGAAUUAAAGAAACGGUCCAACACAUUUUGUGGAUCUGUAGCACCUGGAGCUGAACGUAAAGGAUCGUCCGGCACCAAUACUUCCGAAAGUACAAAUUCGCCACGUAAAGUAUGGUUGUAGCGCAACAAAAUUCUCCAAAAUACAAUAAACCAAAAAAAAUAAUAAUUAGUAAUUUAAGAAUUCUACAAAAAAAAAAUCAAACAUUUUUUUUUUCAAUAUUUAUAAAUAACCGAAAACGAAAUAA